AAAGUUGAUGUCUCGGUCAGCAUCUCGCAUUGGAUCGUCAAUUGCAACAUCAAAACUCGCCAAACGUGCUUCCCAUAUCCCAUCUCCUGCCAGCACUCGCGCAACAAUCAUUCCUCAACGUACAAAGUCUACUCAUCCAGGUCUCCUUCACGACACCACCAACACCUCAUCUUCGUCUUCCUCAUCUUCCUCCUUCACUGCCGCACGCAACUCACGCGCAUCUCAUAUUCCAUCCGCACGUGCCACUGUCUAUCGCCUCACCUCACAGGACCCUGCACGCGCCGGAUCGCGGCUUGGCGUCAGAAGUACGACACCUGGCCCACGAAACAGUUUGUUCGGCAAUCCUCCCCCUCCUCCUCAUUCUUCAUCUGGUGCUUCGUCUAACAGCGGAAUUCCUGCCCGUCCCCAAACUUCCCUCAGCACUGGCAGACCUUCUGGUCUCCAGACACCUUCUCGAGUUAUGAGCAGGAUAGCAAAGAAGACAUAAGCAUAAACUCUCCUUCUCCCACUCUUACUUUUACUCUUACUCUUACUCUUACUCUUAUUAUCACUUCCCUCAAAAACAAACAAGCAAGAAAACACAUAAACACAUAAACACAUAAACAUAUAAACAUAUAAACAUAUAAACACAC